GCUGUGUCAGCUGCAGCUGGUUACUGCACUUCUCCAUGUGGCAGACAGCAAAGCCACAGCGCUCUCUCUGCUGGAUUAGAGACAGCCCACAGACCAGAACUUCCACUACGCUACUUAAAUUUACAUAGGUGGCUUGUCAAGUUCAAUCGAUUAGUAUUAUAAAAAGAAAAAGAAGUUCUUCCUUACAGCGUGGAGUCAACCGUCCCAAACAAAAAUGCAGCUGCCAUUAACAUCGUAGAUGAACAAACUUCUACACUGAUUUUUUAAAACAUCAAGAAUAAGUGCAGCAAGUUUCUGGAUUCAUAUUAUCAACAGAUACAAAAGGUGCUAAACUUCUGGAUGCCAACUUCAUCUGAAAAUGGGGAGCAUGGUAAUCUGUCUCAGAGAGCCGUGAUGAGAAGUAAACGACUUAAUACAUAAAAAGGGCUUAAAAUGCUGCUGGCCCUGAAAAAGCACCUAACAGACGUCGUUGUACAACCUCAUUUCAAAAUGAAAGCUUUAGUUUGGACCCUAGGUAUGGUACUCUUCCUAGUAAUGGGCACCGGACACUGCAGAGGAGGACAGCUCAAAAUAAAAAAAAUAACCCAGAGGAGAUAUCCUCGUGCUACAGAUGGUAAAGAGGAAGCAAAGAAAUGCUCAUACACAUUCCUGGUACCUGAACAAAAAAUAACAGGGCCCAUCUGUGUCAACACCAAAGGGCAAGAUGCAGGUACCAUUAAAGAUAUGAUCACCAGGAUGGACCUUGAAAAUCUGAAGGACACACUUUCCAAACAGAAGCGAGAGAUAGAUGUCCUGCAAUUGGUGGUGGACGUAGAUGGAAACAUUGUAAACGAAGUAAAGCUGCUGAGAAAGGAAAGCCGUAACAUGAACUCUCGUGUUACUCAACUCUAUAUGCAACUACUACAUGAGAUUAUCCGUAAGAGGGAUAAUUCCCUUGAACUUUCUCAGCUGGAAAAUAAGAUCCUCAAUGUUACCACAGAGAUGCUGAAGAUGGCAACAAGGUACAGGGAAUUAGAGGUGAAAUACGCUUCCUUGACUGAUCUUGUCAAUAACCAGUCUGUGAUGAUCACUUUGUUGGAAGAGCAGUGCUUGAGGAUAUUUUCCCGACAAGACACACAUGUGUCGCCCCCUCUAGUCCAGGUGGUGCCACAACACAUUCCCAACAGUCAUCAGUACACUCCAGGUCUGCUGGGAGGUAAUGAGAUACAGAGGGAUACAGGUUAUCCCAGAGACUUAAUACCACCACCAGAUCUAGCAACCUCACCCACCAAAAGCCCUUUUAAGAUACCUCCAGUGACUUUCAUCAAUGAAGGACCAUUUAAAGACUGUCAGCAUGCAAAGGAAGCUGGGCAUUCAGUCAGUGGAAUUUAUAUGAUUAAACCUGAAAACAGCAAUGGACCAAUACAAUUAUGGUGUGAGAACAGUUUGGAUCCUGGGGGUUGGACUGUCAUUCAGAAAAGAACAGAUGGCUCUGUCAACUUCUUCAGAAACUGGGAAAACUACAAGAAAGGAUUUGGAAACAUUGAUGGUGAAUAUUGGCUUGGACUAGAAAAUAUCUAUAUGCUUAGCAACCAAGAUAAUUAUAAGUUGUUGAUUGAAUUAGAAGACUGGAGUGAUAAGAAAGUCUAUGCAGAAUAUAGUAGCUUUCGUCUAGAACCUGAAAGUGAAUUCUACAGACUGCGCCUGGGAACUUACCAGGGAAACGCAGGAGAUUCUAUGAUGUGGCACAAUGGUAAACAAUUCACAACACUGGACAGAGAUAAAGAUAUGUAUGCAGGCAACUGCGCUCACUUCCAUAAAGGAGGCUGGUGGUACAAUGCCUGUGCUCAUUCCAAUCUGAAUGGAGUGUGGUACAGAGGAGGCCAAUACAGAAGCAAACACCAAGAUGGGAUUUUCUGGGCUGAAUACAGAGGCGGGUCAUACUCCCUGAGAGCAGUUCAGAUGAUGAUAAAGCCUAUUGACUGAGGAGAGAAGGUUUCCAAUUUAAGCCACACAAAAUUCCUAAUUCUUCAGUUUCCCAAACUGUAAAUGCUACAUGUAUAUUACUUUGCAAAAUUUAUUUCUAUAUAGUUUGUAAAAUGAAUUUUUCUACAACUAGAAAAAAGAUCUGUGAACGUAGUUUUCAGUAUACUUCAGAUAAUUAUUUGUAUCCAUAUUCUAGUUAUUUCAAAAAUUAUAUUGAGUGAACACAGGUAAAGU